CCAUAAAAACUCCCCAAACACACCAUAGCAACACAACACACUCUCUAUUUCAUUUUCUCAUACUUUCCCUCACUUUCCUGGUAAACAAACAGAUUGAGCAAACUAAUGUCGAAGUGUAACAAGAUCAGACACAUUGUGAGGAUCCAACAGAUGCUAAAACGGUGGCGUAGGAAGGCCAGGAUGGCAGCCUUUGCACCGUUGGAUGUGCCGCAAGGACACGUGGCUGUCUGUGUAGGGGAGAGUUGCAGGAGAUAUGUCGUGCUCGCAACGCACCUGAACCAUCCCAUCUUCAGGCGGCUCCUCGUACAAGCCGAGGAGGAGUACGGUUUUACAAACGUAGGACCGUUGGCGAUUCCGUGUGACGAGUCACUGUUUGAGGAGAUUCUCCAGGUCGUGUCCAGGUCCAACUCGGGUCGGUUCUUGAAUCUCGAAGAUCUUCAAAGAUGCUGCCACGUGGAUAUGAAGAAUAGUCUUGAGUUUUUGAGUGAAUCUCGGCCGUUGCUUCACAAUUAGCCUGACUCGGAUCUGGUUUCAUUUUUUAAGAUACCCGUUUUACCACUUUAUGUUAUACUAUUACCGAGUCAUCCCGAGUUGAAGCGGAGCCGCGGUGUGAUUAGGUGCUAAAUUCUUUUAUUUUGAUGAGAUGCUAUAGAUAUUUAUUUGUUGUAAAUUAUACAUGUGAUUUUGAAUACAAAAAUAUACAUAUCAAAAUUGUAAUUUACACCAAUUUCUUCUUGUGGAUGCAAAAAUAUGGUGAGUCACACGUCAACUGCUGUGACGACUGACGCAUUGGUAAGCUUUCCUGAAUCCUUCAAGAGCAAACAGAGAAGGCGGUCAUUCGUGGCCUUAGGACACUCUGACGCUCAGGUCAAUAUCGAACUCAUGGAGUUUAGUAAUCAAGUGAUGAGAUAAGGCAUUUCCUUGACUGUUGAUAUAUCGUUCUGGGGUGUCGUGGUAAGAUCAAAUGUCUUGAUCAUGAUCCCCUGGCGUCUUUGGUUAGUUUGAGCGUGGUUGGGAUAUACCUGGAGACUGAGAGUUGUCUUCUCCCAACUCUUUAUUCCUAGCGCGUCUUCCUAGUGUCACCUAUCAUGCUGAAUUAUCAUAACUCAUUUUAUUUA